AUGAACAUGUUCGGAUUUCAACCAGUAGGCUUUAAUAGCUCCGGGCUGUCUAAUGGCAUAGGACGGUCACAGUGCUUCUACGCAUUCGCACCCUCUGGCGGCAUCGGAGGAGCUGGGGGCUUUGGCGGUUAUAAUCCAUAUAUUGCAACUGGCGACUACCCUGGAUACAACGCAUCAGGUGGCAUCGGAGUGAUUGGGGGCACCAGUAACUACAAUCCGUCUAUUGGGACUGGAAGCUACGUUGGCUACAACGCACCUUAUGGCAUCGCAGAGGUUCAGAGUUCUGGAGGUUACAAUCAGUCUAUUGGGACGGGAGGCUACGUUGGCUACAACCUAUCUGGUAGCAUCGGAGGGGUUGCGGGCUCUAGCGGUUACAAUCCGUCUGCUGGGACUGGAGGCUACUUCGACUACAACCCACCGCAUGGCAUCGCAGAGGUUCAGAGUUCUGGCGGCUACAAUCAGUCUAUUGGGACGGGAGGCUACGUUGGUUACAAUCUAUCUGGUAGCAUCGGAGGGGCUGCGGGCUCUGGGGGUUACAAUCCGUCUACUGGGACUGGAGGCUACUUCGACUACAACCCACCGCAUGGCAUCGAAGGAGUUCGAUUCUUCGGUAGGGAUCGACCUCCUCCUGGCUCGAGAAUAAACAGUGGCUUUCUCGGGCCCUUCACCAGUAAGGUAGGAAGAACGGAUGUUUCAAGGUCUCGUGGCUCCCCUGUGGGUGCAAAAAGAAGAGCAGGCUCCAGGCACCACAGGCGCACUGUUUCGACAGGAGGGAAUGGACGUGUCCGUGUCCGCAGCCCCAUUGGCGGCAUAAGAUCUGACGUGACAGGUGAUGAGGAGACGGUUGGAGUUGGUGGCAGUAAAAUGCCGGAGAUUCAAGCAGGUUGGGCUGGUCCGAUGAGAUAUAAAAUUCAGAAAUGA